GAAAAAACCUCUACACCAAAGAAAAAAAUGUCGAGUCUUCCUUAGCAAAGCCUACCUCUCCUAUACUGUCACUAAAUAAAAAACGAAAGGCCCCGCCUCCUCCAACCACCCAAGUUGCAGGUAAGAAAACCUUUGAGCUUGCACAAGAAGUAGAAAUUAGAAAUUCUCACUCUUCUACUCUUACAAAAGUGUCCGAAUCUCACAACUCAAAAACGGGAAGAUCCACAGAACCGAUUAACAUGUCGCAAACUGACGAAUAUAUGGCCUCGCAGGUUCAUGAAUCAUCUGAUCAUCAAAAAUUAUGUUCUGGGAGAACAGAGGCUUCUUUUUCUAAUCAAGAAAACAACGAUAAUGAGCUUUACACUUCCAAUUCCAACAUCCUCUGUAGCAUUCCAGAUAAAGACCAUGAAUCCCUGAGAUCUUUCUCACCACCCCUUGAAGACGAAAACCCUUACCCUGACGAGACUUACUCUUUGUCAGACAUUGACAAAGACGAGGUGGGUCGUGAGGACUCUGACAAGUAUUCCGUGUCAGACAUCGAUGAAGAACUUGUAGAAACAAUAGUGACUAGUGUAAAUCCUCUCCGGCCUUCAGAUUCAGAUUACACCAGCAAUUUACGUGUUCAAAACUCGCCACUAGAGAGAGCUAGCGACGAUGAGUUGGAAACUGUUAGUACAAAUAAGUCGAAUGGAAUUACCAACUCCGAGUUUAAACACACGGAAAACUUCGAAGACGUCUGUCUGGAAACCCUUAACAUAAACUUAAUGGAUCAUAAAAUCAACAUACUAGAUUACUCUGGUGACAAUGAAACCUCUGUUGAUGAAUAUAACGAGAAAGGGAACCCAGUGGAUACAUUCCGUCAGACAGCUCUUUCAGCAUACAAUGAUGAUGAUGAUUCAGAAAUUUUACUAGUUAACAAUAAAUUUACUUCAAUGAAAAAUACCAAAGAAAAUACCAUCUCGGUAAACGAGAUGACUGAAUAUGUUAACUCUUUAUACAACUUUACUUCUCUUGAAGAAACUCCGAGUGAAGAAGAAUUCAUAGCAGAAAUCCUAGACCCCCCGGAAGAGUUUUCUAACCAAGCUGUGGUGCCUGCUGAGACAAGAGGCUUAGCGACAGAAUAUGAUGACGACCUAGAAACCCCUCCACCUCUGCCUUCAACGAAACCUCCUUUGAGACCUUUACCGCCUAAAACAUACUCCUCCCCCAUAUCAAGAAGAACACUUCCUGUGCCUCUUCCUCGACAACGUCCUCCGUCACCGUUACCACGAAAGAACGUAUUACAUGGGACUACUACUACUUCUUCUUCUACUAACAAAGGUGUUCUGAGUGGGUCAAGUGACUUCAAAGGUCGAAGAUCAAGUUUGUCUUCCCUUAAUACAAUUGAUGAUCUUGAUCAAACUUUCCAAUUAACAAUCGCAGAAGCAGAGCGAUUACUAGCAACAGAAGACCAAAGAGAAAAAUCAAAGGUGGAUUCUGAAUACAAUGAUUCGUAUAAGAACAUAUUCGGUCCCUUUCCAGAAUCAGAUUUGGCGAACAGAUCCGUUACACCCGAUAAAAAGUCAAGUCAAAAUAUAUAUUGUGAAUUAGAAGAAACACCCACUGAUCUUUCCUGGAAACCUCCGAUGCUUUUGAAAGAAAAAUCCCUUAGGAAGGAUCUUCAUGAUGAAAUUUAUUCCUCAAACCAUGACAGCAACGUUUUGGCAAGAAGAAGCAUUAGUUCUUCCUCAAGUGAUGAGGAUCCACCACCACCCCUGCCAACAAGCCCCCCACCCCCCUUAUUGGAUGAUGAAUCUGAUGAAAGUCCUGAUACCAACGUCUUAAAUAAACAGGUAGUAGAAAUGAAUCAAAUGUGUGAGUUGACCAAACCACGUGAUUUAAGUGUUAUCACAGCAGUUCGAAAUUUAGGAUUAGAAAACUUCACCAUCAAUUCUUACAAACAGGAAGAAAAUGAUAUCUAUUCUUCUGAACUGCGAAACAUUACAAAUCCGCAAAGAAAGCUCAAGACAUAUGAAGAACCUGUUAAACCUUAUUCAGAGAUCCCAGUAUUAAAUCGAUAUGAAUCACUUUUUCGUAAAACGAGAUUUUCUGAAGUAGAUAAGGUACAGAAAUCAAAAUCUUUCCACUUCCAAAACAUCGAUUCAAACAAUCUGACAAAACCUGAUACAACUAAGUGUGUGAGAAUUGGAUCGUUUCAAGAAAGAAACAAAUCGAUCAUUCCAGUUUCUCAGAGUGAUAAACUUGUCUACGGUUUUGCAGGAUCAGUUAGAGGUAUCAGGGGUCAAGUACGAAUGCGUUGUACAGAAAUCAUUGAUCAGAAUAAUUCCCCUCCUUUGACUAGAAAGGCUACUUCUAUGAUGGACCUUAGCCAAUCUGCAAUAAUUGAAUCUGAUGAUGAGUCUAGCGAUUAUCAAAAUACAGAGUUUUCAGAGGGAUUAAGACGUACAAAAUCACAGGUGGACAUUUCUCAACCUUCCAGUGACAAAGAGUCAGAGUCUAUCGACCAACUGAGACAUGCAAGAUCGGAGAUUGAUGUACUCAAAAUUCCGAUCAGUGAACAGGAGGAACUACAAGAAGAGUACAAGAAGCUUCAAAAGCAGUUAUUUGUUUAUCAGCAACAGCUUCUAGAUAACCAGAAAUUUUUACAAAAUGAGAAUAUAAUGCCAAAAGUACCUCUUUCAGAUGUAAAAAAAACUCAGAUGCUGAUCGCAAAAGAAUCCCUGGCAUCUGACACAGAAGUUGGUAAAUCGGAAACUUUACCAAAACGAAAACAAUGGAGUACAUGCUCUGCUGAGGAACCUCGUCCUUCAACUCUUGAUCGUCAGUCACGGCCACAGCCGCACGUGAAGACGAGUACUUGGGAUAUAAGGAAAGAAGACUUUGAGCCUUCUGACAUGGGAAUUCAAUCCAAAAGGGACAGAAUAAUUGACUUCUUUGUUAGGUCCAAGUCACCUAAUUUUGGUGGGUUCCAGAAUAACGUACCAGUGUUUGAUAGUGAAAAAGAUAAAAUCUCUGUCACUAAAUAUCCAAUGGGACCAUAUUCCACUAGAAAUCUAUCAUCCGACAGACUUUCAAAGUUAGCGGUUGACAAUGAGGUAAAAAACGUUAAAAAGGAUAUAGGAAUUACUUUGAGGCCAAUUUCCCAGCAAUUCAAUACUAAUACUAAAAGACCUUUAUACAAAGCAAAUGAACAAGAAAAUAUCGCUGGGUGUUCUGCUCACCAAACUAACGUUAAAAGCAUGAUUAAAGAACCGAGUCUGUCAAAACAAAAUAAUCAACCUCAAACAUAUAAUUAUGUUGAUGAAUCCUCAAACGCUACAGUUGCAGACAGAAUUCGAGCUAUCCAGCCGAGCGUUAUCAGUAGUACUCUAACACCACAACCUUACAAACUUAACUCUAAUAACGCUUUUAGGCUUCCAAGAGUCAAAACAUCUGGAGAGUCUGUGGUUAAUGAAUUCUCUCAAAACGAUGAAAUGAAAAAAUUAGAAAGUAAAAUUCCCCCUAGCAUAAUAAAACCAGCACUUGGGGACAACAUCAUUAAAAACAGUCAAGGAAAUUUUCCAAACCAAAUACACAAUGCCUUUUCAAGUUCACGACAAUUAAUGGUGAGUCAACAGCAAGAAAUCGAACCCAUCCCUCAGUCGUUUUCGAGAGUUGUUGAAGACUUAAAUGAAAACAUUCCACCUGUGCCUCCACCACUUCCUCAAAAAAAUUGUGGAAUUUUGUCCACAAACGGUGCUCAAACUAAUGGUUUUACUUCUCAUAAAAACUUGAAGAAAACUAAUGGACGAAAAACAUCAAAUCAAGAUGGGGAUGUUCGUGAACUACUGAUGAUGGAGAUAAAACAGUUUGUUGGGAAAAACGCAUUAAAAAAGGUUCCAUCCCGGGAAACUAACUGGCACAUGCGAGUGUUUGGUCCAACUUCAACAGCCUAAAGAAUCACGUGGAUCAUGAGCAAAUAUUGGAUGGUGUUGGGUUUAAGUUACAGGCUGAGAGCCCUGAUGUAAUGCUUUCAUAAACAAAAGAUCUAGCACGAUCAAACACAACUGAAUAAAUAACUGGCAAUUUCGAGUGGAAGAAAUAGUAUUAAAUAGAGCACUACAAAACAGAUAUUCUGUACUUAGAGAAACAUGAAACUGCAAAGUGUUUGUUUUUGAGUUGUAUUGUCGGUGAAACGUGGCUUUCUACAGUUCAUAGUUUUUCAAAUACUUUGUUUUUAUUUAAGGUUUGGUACAAUAUACUACUACAACUGAAGUAGGGGCAUCAAGAGGCUUUUUAGUAAGGAUCUGUGUUAUUGUUUGAAACAUAUCACCAUUUUAUUGAGUUUUUAAUACAUUAAUAGUUCAAGCACACACACACACUAACUUUAAAAUGGAACAAUUUUCUAAACACGACUUUAUUAGUACGAAACCUAUUUCAUUUUGUUCUUAUUAAGAUACAGAAUAACAUAUAUAUGUUUUACAACUAACCUUUCUUCUAAAACUAACAUAACAAAGCAUAUUUGUUUUCAGAUAUAGUUGUAUAUUCCCAAAAGUGAGACACACCAGUAUUAAUGGAACAUUAAGCAAGGUAGACGUAGUAGGAUUGAGAACUUUAAUGGACUGCAUCUGCCUGUUCUCAAACCAACACACCAGUAUUAAGUUUGGUUAAGAGGCAAAGAUUCACAGAUUUACACUGUUUCAUGUGUUCAAAAUAAGAUGAAUGUAAAGAAAUUAAAUGGGUAACAAUGUUAUUGUUUGUACCAUUCAUUAUUUUAGCCAGUUUCAGCUUACACAUGAGACAAAAUGUUAAAGGUUUUCUACUUAAAUCAGUUAAUUACAUUUGUACAGAUGUAUUUGUUAAAAUGUUAAUAUUGAUCAUGUACAGCUGAAGCCUUCAAUGUUAAGUACGAAAGUAUUUUUAUUAGCAAUUUGCAGCUUAAACUUAAUUGCAGUUGUUCGUCUAAAAGGUGUAGCUAUGAGACAACAGCUACGAUUACAUCAAUCUCAUUCAUAAAGGUUCAGUGUCAGUAUUAAUGUAACAUAUAAGAUAAUGUACUAGGUGGGUCAACUCAACAUACAUAACAUAUUGUCUUUCAGAAAAUUGCAUCCAUAUACAAUAAAGCAACUGAUGUUACAUCACAGAAUUAUGUUUUCAUGUAGUUUUGAAUAGUUUGACGUUGGAAACCAAGUAAACUGACAAGUCUUAUCUAAGCUAUCAACACAGGAUAACCAGAAUUUUAAUAAUUAUUUUAAUGAUUCAAUGUAGUUUUUUAAAUAGAAAACAAUGGUCCAUAAAGACUACAAACAUAUUCAGGCAAAACUAAAAGUGAUACUAAAUAUUUUAGAUAAACAUGUCAGGUAGAUGCAGAAAAAACUACUUUACAUUUUUAAAAUUAAUACUCAGGAAGUCAGUAUUGUUAGUUAGUAUGACAAAGACACAAAUUAUUAUGAAUUUAUAAACAAUUUACAAUAAGACAAAACAUCUAGUGUCACUUAUAAGUCAAGAGUCCUUUUGAAAUGAGGUACACACAAGUGUUCUGCUCUAUUUUGUGGUAUCAGUAUUACACGAUUCAAAAAUAUUUUUUUCAGUAUUUUCUAUAUUUAUCAAACAAUAGCCAUUGCUAUUUCUUAUCAGUGACUCUGAUACUAAAAGAAAAGUUGAGAUGGCUUGAUGUUUGAAAUUCUUAUUCUAAUGUGUUUUAAUAAAAAUUGCAAAUAUGUGGUGAUCACAUAUUUACAUAUCAUACAAAAUAAAACAAGGAAAAUGGAAAAAAAUCUGUAAUAUUUUUUUUAGGAAUUGUGGUUACUUCCAAUCACAAAGUAGAUGAAUAUCCAAAAACUUUAAAAGCUACACGUACUUGAAUUAGUGAAAGGUUUAGGAAAGGAAAAACAUUAAAAGACCUUCUGAACUGUUUAAAUUUGGACAGAUAACCAUAUUGACUGUACAACCUUGGUUAACAUUAGAUCUACUAUACUAGAUGAAAAUAAAGUGUAGAUAAAACUGUAAGCAACUGUUAAACAUUUUUGUAGAUUGACAGUAACUGUUAUUUUAAAAUCCUACCACAUUAGUGCAAUAAUACAUUGCAAAUUCAAUACACAUUAUACAUGUCCCAGAAGUCUGAACCCAUAGGGAAAGUAGACAUUAUAUUCUUAAAGUUAAAUAAAUAUUUCUAAUGUCAGUUGUACAUAUUUCAGGAAAAUAAAAUACCCAGAACUGUUAACCAAGAACUGAAAUGUGUAUGGCUAACAGUGAUGAUUAAAUAACUGAUUUUUCUUUUCUCUUUCCUAGGUACUAUGUCGCAUGUAUAUCAAAAGUAAUGAAAGAUAUUAUUAUGUUAUUAGUGUAUCUUGCAGUUUUGUUUUAACACAAUGAAUCCUGUAAAUUUUACUUGGAGUUAAAGAAAAAUAAAACUGUUAAAUCAAAGACAUUUUUGGACUGUAA